AAUCUAAGUUUCCGAUGGGAGCAAAUCCUCAGCUAAAUUGUAGCCACCGCUGAGCCAAAAUGCUUAAAAAUGAACUACUUUCAGAGCGCCUCGCCAGAGCCAGUCUGGAGAAGCGUCGCAACAUAGAGGCUGAAAGAAAAGAAAGGAUUUUUAAUGACAAGCUGAGGACGAUCGGGGUUGACAAGGAAGCCCUGGAUGAGCAGGUGAAAGAGAAAAGGGAACAAGUAGAAGCUGCAAAAAAGGAACAAAACGCUUAUGAUGCUGAUAUGCUCCGUUAUGGCAAAGUAGCUUGCAUUGUCGACAGCCGCCAAAUGAAGGAGAAGCGUGCACUGGAAAAAGCCGUUGUCGCCUACAGGCAGCAAUACCAGCACCCUGAAGAUCGGCGAGAGUAUGAUUUGAAUGAUCCCAGCCGUAUUAAAAAAGUAGAGCAGAGUGAUGCACAGAUGAUGCCUCCUGGCCUGGUGGGUGAAGACCCAGAAAGUAAGAUCAGGCAGCAGAACCAGAGGGAACAGCUCAGAGAGUGGCUCACCCAGCAGCAGACUGAGCAGGCAGCGGAAAGGCAUCAACAAGAGCUGGAAGAGCAGCGUUAUGACCAAAGCAGAGUAGGAAUGGACAACAGAGCUGUGCAACUUCAGAGCCUUGAGAUAGAAAGGAGAAAGGCAGCUGCCAUCGCCACUAAAGACUUCAAUCGGUCUAUGGCUGAAGAAAAGCGCUGUCAAGACAAAGAAAUCAAUGGCAGGCAAAGCCAGUUUCAAGGUACCCUGAGUACGGUGGCCGUGCCCGGCCUGAGUCCCAGCAGUGACAGGAGAACAGCUCCUGAGAGCCUGCAGCAGAUCAUUCAAAUCCAGAAACAUCAAAUGGAGGAGAAGAGGAGAAAAGAACUGGAGAAGAAACAAGAAGAAGAGCGGCACGAUCGCGUGCGCCUGAACUCAGCUCGUACCACUCUGCUUAUUGAGCGGCAGCAGGCACGAAUGAACAGGCAGCUGAGGCGAGACCUGGACAGCGCCAACGCCCAACUGGCCGAAACACACAAACAACAGAAACCAGACAUUAAAAGAGGAUGUAUUGAUGACAGCUUCUUCUCCAAGUUCAACACCUGCAGCAGAUGAGGGGUGAUGCACCGCUCUGAUACCAGUGAUGGUGUUGCAUAAAAAGAACAAUGAAUAACCAGCUGCUUUUAUGUGAAAUGUAGUUCAGAACAUUCAUGUUUGCAUGAUUUGAAAACUAUUAAUUAAAUUUCAGAUACUGCUUUAAAAA